ACCACUGGCCCCUUUUCUGCCUUCCCGAGGGUCACCCAACACCUGUCCACUUUAGCCCCAAACCGGGUCCCAUCGCCCGCCAUGUCCAAGCAACUCCCAAAGAUCCGCGAUGAGGAGCGCGAGUCCCGCAUGGGUUCCGUUUUUGGCGUCUCGGGUCCCGUCGUUGUUGCAGAGAACAUGAUCGGAUCCUCCAUGCACGAGCUCGUCCGCGUCGGUCAUGACGAACUUGUCGGUGAGAUCAUCCGGAUCGACAAAGACAAGGUCACCAUUCAGGUCUACGAGGAAACAUCGGGCGUCAGCGUUGGUGAUCCCGUCUUGAGCACACGAAAGCCGCUCAGUGUCGAGCUUGGCCCAGGUCUUAUGGAGAACAUCUACGAUGGUAUUCAACGCCCGCUAGAAUCCAUUCAGAAGAAGAGUGGUGGCAUCUAUAUUCCUCGCGGUAUCAACACCCAAGCCUUGAACAGGGAGCUACAAUGGGACUUCAAGCCGGUCAGCUUCAAGGUCGGUGACCACAUCUCUGGCGGUGAUAUCUACGGAAGCGUUUACGAGAAUGCGCUGGUCAAGGACCACAAGAUCAUGCUCGGGCCACGAGCAAUGGGUACCGUCACUUACAUUGCCGAAAAGGGGUCGUACAACGUAGACGACGUCAUCCUCGAGACAGAGUUUCAAGGCAAGAAGACCAAGCAUACAAUGUGCCAGCUCUGGCCUGUUCGCGCACCGCGACCGACCGCCGAGAAGCUUACUGCUAGCAACCCACUGCUCACUGGACAGCGUAUCCUCGACUCGCUCUUCCCUUGCAUCCAGGGUGGUACCACUGCCAUCCCAGGCGCAUUUGGCUGUGGCAAGACAGUCAUCUCACAAGCCCUCUCCAAGUACUCGAACUCCGACAUUAUUACCUACGUCGGAUGUGGCGAGCGCGGCAACGAAAUGGCAGAGGUACUUGCCGAGUUUCCAGAGCUUACACUGCAGCGCGAAGGCGAGGAACACCCGAUCAUGAAGCGAACGACGCUGGUGGCCAACACGUCCAACAUGCCCGUCGCAGCGCGUGAGGCGUCCAUCUACACUGGCAUCACGCUGUCCGAGUACUUCCGAGACCAAGGCUACAACGUCGCUAUGAUGGCCGACUCGACGUCGCGAUGGGCGGAAGCCCUGCGUGAGAUCUCCGGUCGUCUGGCCGAGAUGCCCGCCGACUCGGGCUACCCGGCGUACCUGGGUGCCAAGCUGGCGUCGUUCUACGAGCGUGCCGGCCGGGUCACCUGCUUGGGCAGUCCUGGUCGUGAAGGAUCUGUUUCCAUUGUCGGCGCUGUCUCGCCGCCCGGUGGAGACUUUUCAGACCCAGUCACGUCGUCUACGCUCGGUAUCGUCGGCGCAUUCUGGGGCUUGGACAAGAAGCUCGCGCAGCGGAAGCACUUCCCCUCGGUCAACUGGGACCUGUCGUACUCCAAUUACCUCAACGCACUCGAGCCGUUCUAUGAAAAGUCGAACCCUGGCUUUGUCCAGUACCGCUCGCAGGCCAAGGCGCUGCUGCAGAAGGACACGGAGCUCGCCGAGAUUGUACAGCUAGUCGGCAAGUCUGCGCUGGGCGAGGGGGACAAGGUGACACUCGAUGUGGCAACGAUGUUCAAGAACGACUUUUUGGCGCAGAACGGUAUCUCCGAGUACGACGCCUACUCGCCGUUCAGCAAGACGGCGGCCAUGCUCAAGAACAUGAUUGACUACCACGAGAAGGCCCAGGCGGCCAUCGCCAACAACCCUGAGAUGACGUGGGCGCGCAUCAAGGACCACACCUCGGACACCCUCUACAGGCUCACACAACAGAAGUUUGAGAGCCCCAAGGACGGCGAGAAGGCGUAUCUCGACAAGUACGAAAAGCUGUCCAACGACAUUGCCGAGGCGUUCCGCACGCUCUCGGAUUAGAAGGAGAAGGGAGCAUUCCAUCACUUCUUGCGCGCUGC